ACCCACGAACACUGCCGCCUUAAAACCCACCUCGCUCUGUUAUUUCGAGUGUUUGUUUAUUCUCUCGCUUCUUCGCAGUUAAUGGAGGAGGGAGAGUGCAUUCUGGAUACCUUAUUCGAAGAAGAAGGCGAUGACGUCCAUGAUGUCGACAUGGUUGAUGCGGAAGACCAGAGGCAUCUUCAAGAGAAAGAUUCUCAUGGCGAUUACGGUGAUGAUGUUCAUGGUGGUAGCGUCCCUUCAAAACAAGUGCCGGCGAAGAAUACUGGUGAGUUGAAAGUAAGGAAGAAGAGGAAGAAGAAUAAGAAGAAGAGGAGUAACAGUGGAAUUGCAGAUAUCAACAGGUUUGUCACGAAUACUUGUAGACAUUUAGGGGAGAAGAAGUCCUAUCUCUUUUGGGAGGCGAUUAGUUGUCUUGGGUUGUCAGUUCUUACAGAUCUCAUCAAAGAGGUGGAUGUAAUCCAGGAUUGUGGGGGGCAGUUAACGGCUGAUGGCGGGCGUCCCCGGACUGGUGGAGGUAUACUAUGGAACAUAAUUAAAGCCCGGCAUCCAACGGCUUACAAGGAAAUAGUGGCAAGAGGAAAAGAGGUUGAGAAGCAAUUCCGGCAUCAAGGUAACAAUCGACUGGCAACUAAGGUGAUUAAUGAACCCAUAAAGAGCGAUACCCAAAUUCCUGAUAAAGGAUCACCUGGCAAAGUCAUGCAGGGAUCUUCUAAGUGUGAUGAAGUUCAGCCUAUAUUGACCACGGGGUGUGAGUCCCAAGAGAGACAUAAAUCUGUCUGGGAGAGGAUACGUGUACCAGUGAGUUACGAUGACCUCUUAGAUGGUGAAAAUGAAGCAGGUUUUUGAUGUUUGAAGCAGCAAAAGAAAACCCUAUGUUUAGAAGAAAGUGAGCAGUUCUAAAUGUUUUAAUUCAUGUUCUUUAUCUACAAGCAGGAGAGCAGUUCGAUGCGUUAAUGCAUGUUCCUUGUCUACCGGAGAGAGAGAGAGAGAGAGAGAGAGAGAGAGAGAGAUUCUUAUGGUUAUUCUUGACAAAGAGGAAGGUUCUGACAAUGUUGUUUUCACACAAUUUUGUAGUUAUUCAAGUGCACCAUUUUAGUGGGAUGUACUCCUAUUGAAUGGGAGUUUUUCUGGCGUAAGGCCUCUGAAAUGUGAUGAAUUUGAGCUAAUGGUAAGUGGAUAUUCCUCCUUAA